CCGAAGCGUGAGGCUGACGUGCUAAACCACGUGUUUGAGCAUCCACGUCGGACUGCUCCAUCGUUUAGGGCAGCCCGACGAUCUGCAAGGAAAAUCCAGCUCAGUGCUCUCCUUGGCAAUUGGGGCAGCGAGACAUGACGCAGGAAGUUUGUGAGCAAAGGCCAAGUGGCCCGGCGGGCACGAGCUUGGUGUCCCGGAAAGUACACAAGGCCGACAGAGAGAAAUUGAGACGCGACAAGCUGAAUGAGCAGUUCGCAGAGCUAGCAGCAGUCCUAGACCCAGAGAAGCCAAAGCAAGACAAAGCCAGUAUCCUGGGCGAUAGCUUGCAAGCGGUAAAGAAUCUGCGCGUGGAGAUCAAACGGCUGAGGAUCGAGCGGGGAACACUGUUUGACGAGUCGCGAGACCUCAAGCGAGAGAGGGACGAUCUCGAGGAAGAAAAGGCAGCGCUUGAGAAGCAAACAGAUGAGUUGGAGGUGCAGGUGCAGCAGCUAUUCAGGUCGGCAGCAGCGGUUCCAUGUUUCAAGCAGCCGGCAGCACCGGGUCCGUCGCCAGCUUUUGCGGCUGCUGCUACUACCUUGCGUCCCCACGUCGCGCCACCCCUUAACACUGCCAAUCCCUUCGUCUACUUGACGUCGCCGUCCUCUUGCAUGGGGCGUGUGGAGAGGCCAUGUGCACAGUAUCCAGUAGCUGAUUUCCUCAGCAAAGUGCAGUCUAGCCAUGGCUUCCAACCGACUGGCCGAGGCGCGCCUCCUCUGGGACCGGGCAGCCGCCGGGGUGACCAUCACGUCCCGCAGUGCUGCCUGGGUUGUCGGGACGGCGAUAGCGACGACAUCCAGCUCCACCUGGGUCAACCACCCAGUCGCCACGAGAUUGACACGGAUCUCCAUCUGCAACUCAGUUCCAGUCCACCCAGCUCCUCGGCUGCAAAAGGCGCCAGCUUAUGUCCCUCGUGAGAAGAGUCUACGAUUGCUAUCCUUUAAAACUCAAAAGCUGCUCCUAGGCUCUUCUGUAUGGUCAGAGCACCCCCCAAAAAGGCAGCGCACACCAAGUUGCGACUUUUCUGGAGUAUAACAAAGAGUCACGAUGUUCAUACACGUCCUGGGUUUCGGGACGAUUUCCAGAAUCAAGUUGCCCGGAUUUGGAUGA